AGAUGGAGUUUGUUGUGGAUCUGUUUGGGGGAGGAGAGUUAGACAUUGUUAGAUUGUUUCGGAAAAAAAUUAGUGUGAAGAUAUUUGGUUGGAUUAUGAGCUGACAAAUGUGUAGGGUUUGUUGGAGUGGAGUGUAUUCUGUGAGAUGCACACAUAGUUACUGAAAUGGAAUGUCAUAUUGGAAACACUGCACCAUAAAAACUUAACAUGCUUAUUUAGAUACUUUAAAUCUAAUUCAUGUUUUAACAAAAGCAUUUGCUAAAGAGUUUUUUCUCUGGAAAUGUGAGAAUUUAUCAAAAAUUUGUAAUUCAAUGAUAAAAUUCAUCACACCUGCAGGUAUCACAAAAAAUAUAAUUUUGUCAGAUAUAUGAAAUUGAUUGUACUACAGUAGCAUUCCUACUUUCACAAAAGACUCACAGGCUUCGUUUAAGGUUGAGGGUCAUCUGUAUUGACCUUUGACCUUGAUUAGAGGCUGUAAUGAUGUCCAACCUGAUCUGUAUCUGCUGUUUACGGCGGAGAAUGCACAAGUCCUAUCCUCAUACUUAUGAAGAGGCUGUCAUACCCAUUUCAGGAAAUGAGAUGACAACAGUAUCCGGGCCGAAUGGCCAGACAGAUUCCCCGGGCGACAUGCCCAGUGGUGCCCUCAGUACAACAGAUGAGGGCAUCUCCCAGCAGCUGGAGCAUGUCACACAGAUGCAUGCCGCGGCAGUCAAUGGCGACAAACCUUUCCUGGCAAGACUUAUUAUCUCAAAUGCAUCUGAUGUGGACACGGGCGACCAGUUCGGUCGGACGCCUCUUAUGUUCUGUAUCCUGGCUGACCGCCUGGACUGUGCAGAACUCCUUCUCAAGGCCGGUGCUCAAGUCAACAAAAAGGAUAAAGGUGGCCGAGCUGCUCUACACUGGGCUGCACACAAGGGAAAUUUUCGGUUGCUGAAGUUAUUGCUGUCCAAAGGUGCAGACUGUCGGGAGAAGGACAGUGAAGGGCAAACAGCACUACAUUUAUGUACACGACAUAAAUCGGCAAAAUGUAUGGCGCUGUUGUUACGCCAACUAUCGCCAGGGGAAUUGGAUAACCAAGAUAAAAAUAAGAGAACAGCACUUCACUGGGCAGCUUCAUAUGGAAACAUGGAACAUGUCAAAAUGUUAAUUAAACAGGAUUCCAAUAUUGGUAUUCCUGAUAUUGAGGGGAAAACUCCUCUACACUGGGCAGCCAGUUGUCGGGACAGAGAUGCUGUUAACUGUGUGAGGAUCAUCCUGGAGACAACACCUAGUGUGAUCAAUUGGCAAGAUUAUGAAGGUCGGACAGCCCUUCAUCUUGCUGUUGCUGAUGGUAACGAGGCAGUUGUGGUAGCACUGACAUCAGUGGAAAACUGUAAUGUGUCGGCAUUAGAUAAUAUGUUUAGAACUCCUCUACACUGGGCGGCUGUACUAGGUCAUUCUAAGAUUGUAGGACUUCUGCUAGAUAAUGGUGCUGACUACGCUAGCUCAGACUCUAACGGUGCUACCCCACUACACUACGCAUCUCAGAACAACUACGAUGACACUGCCGCUGUUUUUCUUUCGCGUAAAAAUGUAACUGAUGAACCAGAUGUUGAUGGUCGCACAGCGUUUAUGUGGGCUGCUGGGAAGGGUGCUGAUGAUGUCAUUCGGAUAUUUCUGAAACACAACGUAGAUAUUCAACAAGUUGAUAAUAAUGGAGGCACUGCACUGCAUGCUGCCUCGCUCUCCGGUCACCCUUCAACGGUCAAGGAAUUACUUGACCAUGGAGCCCAGCUGGAUGCUACAGACCUCACCAAGCACACACCUCUGUUCCGAGCCUGUGAAAUGGGACAUACAGACGUUGUACAAACAUUGAUAGAUUUUGGGGCACGUGUGGAUGUUUUGGAUCAAGAUGGCCGAUCACCGUUACACUGGGCUGCUUUGGGAGGCCAUGCAUAUAUCUGUCAGACUUUGAUCAAAUAUGGUGUUGAUCCAAACAUUAGGGAUUACAGUGGUCGGACACCACUACAAUGUGCAGCAUACGGAGGUUUUGUAAAUUGUAUGUCUGUUCUAGUCGAACACAAGGCUGAUAUCAAUGCUCAAGAUUUGGAGGGAAUGACCGCCCUACACUGGGCUUGCAGCAAAGGUCAUUUAGACUCUGUCAAGCUUAUCAUUGAAUAUAAUGCAUUUCCUAAUCAUAUGGAGUUCACAGAAGAUAGGUAUACACCUUUAGAUUAUGCGUUGAUGGGUGAGCAUCAUGAUGUAGCUCAGUAUAUGAUAGAGCUAGGGGCCCUGUCCAUCACAGGAAUACAGGAGAUCGCGGCUGUGAAAAUACAGUCAACAUUUCGUGGAUAUCGUAUACGGAAAACGUUUACAGAGAAUAAACGAUUGUUGAUGCUCCACGAUCAGCUCCGUAAAGAAGCUGUACGGAAGCGUGCGUUUGAAGAAACAAGGAAACAGGAAGACAUCAAACACAAACAGGAAGUAGAAGAAAGACAGCAGGAAAUAUACCUCACUCAGCCAUUGGUCAGUUCUUCGUCUGAAAAUGAAAACCUACAACCAGUCAUGAAAGUGCCAAAAAACAAGGACGAAGAUGUAGAUGAUUGCAGUACUGAUGAUCUCAGUUUAAUCUCAGAAUGUAGUGAUGGGAAAAAAGAAAAAGAAUACACAGAACUUGCAGAUCUUCUGAAACAGAGGCAGUGCCAACAAAAAUUGAUCUCAAAUGAAAAACAACGCCAGAACACAUUUAAAGAAAAACAAUGGGCGGCAUUGAAGAUACAGCGGGCAUGGAAAAAUUACAAGAUGCGGCAGGUUGGGAUCAUGAAGGUCGCCAAACAGUCCAUCCGGACGAUCCGUCUCCGUGCAGGGGAAGAGGAGUUUGAGCGACAGAUUGCCGCACUUACGAUCCAGUUGGCAUGGCGUAAAUACUUCAG